AAACUCCAUUUCUUUUGUUUAUGGGAGUAGCUACCAGCUAGAAAGACUCCCAAGUAUUUUCCAGGAAAACCGUUGGCUGCCUUUUUCUAAGCAUUUUCUAGGAAGGCCGAAACCACUCUUUUGGGUGUUGCUACGAAGGAUCAUCAGUAGUUUCGGUGAGGAAAUCAUUCUUCAUUGUUAUAGUGGCUUCUUCCCCAUCUUAAACUCUGUCUUCAUCCAGAACCUUGUUUCUUCUCUGCAAGCUUUAAGAUCUUAAUUUUCCAGUUCUUUCCGCACCAAAAUACCCUGCGCAAGAACUAAGGAGGUCUGCCUGCUUUCUUUGUUAUUUUAAUCACACAAAGCCCUCUGAGUUGCGGACCAGGUAUGAUAUAAUUUAUUCAUUUUUUCUUGAUGAAAGGGUAUGAUAUAUUUUUUCAUAAAAAAGUUUAGAGUUUAUUUAAUAUAUUUUGCUUCUCAAAAACUCAAAGAAUAAAAGUAUAUGGAGGAAAAAAUGGAUCUAUGGGCGUUGUUCUUUUGGAUUGGGCCAUUUCCUUAUUGGGCUGGUACUGAUUUUGGUUAAAAUCCUAAAAUAGUUUUUGAACUUUAAGAUUUUCGCUAAUUUAGUCCUGAAUUUUCAAAAAUAUUGAAAUGGUCCAUGAACAUAAUUUUCUAGCUUCAUUCACAUUGGCAAAAUUCCAAGGAUUUGGUGUUGAACUCAUAAACAGUUUUUAUAUAAAUUUUAAAAUAAUGAUAUGAUCAUAAACUAAUUUAACUAGUUAAUAAACUAAAGUAUGCAUAUUGCAUUACUACCUCUUCUCUUCUCUUCUCUCAUCCAUCAAAACUAACUCCACAUAACCAAAUCCUUGGAAUUUUCACUAUAUUUGAAUGGAGCUAGAAUAUUCUGUUCAGGGACCAGUAUAGUAUUUUUAAAAGUUCAGGGACCAUUACAGUCUUUUUAAAAGUUAAGGAAAAAAUCAGUUAAAAGUUCUGAAGUUUAAAGACCACAUUUGGAUUCUUUUCCAUUGUCUUUUUCAGUUUCCAUGCGUUUUUUAUUACUUUUAUUUUUAUUUUGUAAAAAACAUCUUUGCCCUGCUUUUUCAAAGCAUUUUCUAGGAAGGGCAACCAUCCUUUGGGUGUUGCUACGAAGGCUCACAAUCAUUUUCCAGAAAAACCAUUUGUGCUGCCUUUUU